CAGGUCUCCACGUGCAUGUUGUCAGAUAAUGGCGGACGAAGUGGAAAUGUUUUUUUUCUGAAUGAGUGCAUUAAGAUUAUUUUGUUUUUUAUCGAUGAAUACAGAAAGCGAGAGGAACUACUAUGAUGUGUUAGGAGUAGAUUCAAGCUCAUCAAGUGAAGAAAUCAGAAAGGCCUACCAGAGGCUCGCCUUAAAGUUUCAUCCAGAUAAGUUGGAUGCAGCUCAAACAGAGAAAUCUCAAGCUGUCAAAGAGUUUCAUGCUAUCAGUGAAGCCUGGAAUGUACUCAGCAAUAGCGAGCUCAAGAGUAAAUAUGACAAGGGAAUCACAGAGAUAAAUUUGCAGCAGAAAUGGCCAGUUAAUGGGUCAGUUGAUCUGGAUGACAUGGAAGAGAAUGAUGAUGGCAGCUAUUCCAGUCCAUGUCGUUGUGGGGGCGAGUACGUCAUAACAAAUGCACACCUGCAAAGUGGGCAGAGCAUGGUCUGCUGCACGACCUGCACCCUAUCAAUAAGAGUUCUCUACGCUGUUGUAAGUGAGGAAGAAGACUCCUGACACUGGCAGUCAUAGGAAUAAUUUAGGCAAUGAAUAUAUUAUCUCCCUGCAAGCAAGUGAAUGCCAGCCAAGUGAAAUACAAAUAACAGAGGGGCCUCUUCUAGCAGGGAAAUACAUAUCAGUAUCCUGGGCAGAAUUAAAGUGCAAUACAUCUCAUGAAAAUGUUUAAAAUAUGGUAGAGGGCAAGCAUCAAUGAUUAAAAGAGUAGGUCUUGUCUCGUAAAUUCUCACUCACAAAAACUAUGCCACUCUAAGUGAUAGAAAUCAUGGAUUUAAAGUGGCAAAAAUGAGAAAUAAAUAUAGUGAAAUUAUGUGCCUCUCAAAUGUGUGAAAUUUUUAAGCUGUGAGAUUUUUUUUAUGUAGUAAGGUCUCAUUUCUUUGUGAACCAGCUAUUUCUAUGGGUCUUCAACUUACUUGAAACACGCCCUAGACCCACCUAUACUGUCCUGAGCGACUGUCACAGUGUUUCUUCUUCCAUGCAACUGCUACUUUUGACAGGUUAUAGAUAGGGGAUUAUUUAAUUAGCCAUUUAAUAAGUUAACAUAAAGAACUCCAACUGACAUGACAGAAAAACCUGGAAAAUAAGCAAUCCUAGAUAGAGAAAGAAGACACAAUUUCUUACAAUGGCCAUUUUCAAAACACAAAUAACAUGAUACCGAAAUGCACAUACCAAGAUUUCCAAAUUUCAAAUGACCAAAUUUCAAUGACACUUUUUUGCUACUACUCAUAGGUUCUUAGAGAAAUUUUAGAUGUGAAAUGAGCUUAUUUAAAGUGUCAUGUCAUGUUUUUCCAUCAUGGCACUCUAAUUAGCUAAAAAUAACAAUAGUGUGCAUAAAGAAUUCCAAGCCAUGGUAAUCUGGAACUUAUUUCUGAAAGUGCUGUGAAUGCAUUAUGUUAGUAUGAGAAAUACUCUAUGAAUAUAAAGUACUAGAAAGAUCCAAAAUGAUGUAUUAAAGUUAUGUUUUAUUAUUUAUUAAAAUUUACUCUUACACUCCA